AUGACGCAAGCACGCACAAAACGUGAAAUUGUCGAAGCAGCAAGCUGGCAGCCUCGUGUUUGUUGGCUUUGAUUUUGCAGUAGCGGUAUGCAGAGGAGGUGGCCAUGGCUGCGUGGAAGUCUCGGACCCGCAGCCUACAGGUGUUUGACACGGAGCUGAGCGCGGACACGGUAGAGUGGUGUCCCGUCUCCUCCGAUCAUAACAUCCUCGUGUGCGGGACAUACCAGUUACAAAAAGGGACUGGAGAAGUGGAUUCUACUCCAAGUCGGACCGGUCGCUUGUACCUCUUUCAGUUUUGCCGAGAGGGACCGAUGACCCCACCUUUGACAGAGCUCCAGCACAUGGACACAGCUGCUAUUUUAGAUUUAAAAUGGUGUCAUGUGCCCGUAUCAGAGAGACCAUUGCUCGGACUAGCAGCAGCCACCGGAGAUCUGCAGCUGUACACUCUGAAAGACACUCAGGAAGGCGGCCGAAGACUGCACACUCUGAGCAGUGCAGCGGUGGGAGCGGAUCGGCUGGUGCUGUCUUUAGACUGGUCCACAGGCAGACUAGACGGCAGUGACAUCCGUGCGGUGUGUAGUGACUCUGCAGGCUGCAUUAGUGUCGUGUCACUGGAAGAGGGCGCUGUAACCAUUCAAUCUCAAUGGAAAGCUCAUGACUUUGAGGCCUGGAUCUCUGCUUUCUCUUAUUGGGACACACAAGUCAUUUAUACUGGCGGUGAUGACUGUAAACUCAAGGGAUGGGAUCUCAGAAUGGGUCCUUCCUGUCCCACUUUCACCAGUAAACAGCAUGCAAUGGGAGUGUGCAGUAUUCACAGUAGUCCACAUCGAGAGCACCUUCUCGCCACAGGCAGCUACGACGAGCACGUCUUGUUGUGGGAUGGCAGAAACAUGCGGCAGCCCCUCAGUGACAGUGCGCUGGGCGGAGGGGUGUGGAGGCUUAAGUGGCAUCCCACUCAAGAGCACCUCCUGCUGGCCGCCUGCAUGCACAAUGACUUCCACAUCCUGCACUGCCAACAGGCUUUAGAGGGCAGCAGUGAAUCCUGUCCGAUUGUGGCCUCUUACAUCCUCCACAACUCUUUGGCGUACGGUGCAGACUGGUCCCGCCUCUGUUUGGAUGACCCCGCCCCCUGCUCCCCCCUCCCUUCUGCACACGAACCAAAGCUGCCCCUCCCAGAGUCAGGGGUCCACCUCAGAAUCCAGUACGAGUCUCCCACAGCCAGCUUUGACACCUCCUUAGAAGACGAUAUGGGGCGGUACAUACCAGACAACAUUGAACCCCCAAUCCCUAAUCCCACUGUCACCCCUGAGCACCCCUGUCCCGACACAGACUCCAUGUCCUGUUUAAUUGCAAGCUGCUCUUUCUACGAUCACAUGCUUCACGUGUGGAGGUGGGACUGGACUCCGAAUACAGACCAAUGUUAAAAACACAAGUUAUUAAGUAAUUUAUCACAAUAUGCAAAUCCUCAAAGCCCUAUAUUUUCAUAACACAUUUUUACUUGUUUUCUAUGUGUCUGUAUAUUAAAGUAGCAAGUUUUAGACACUUUUUAUAGUUUUCUAUGCACUGUGCGGUUAUAUUUAGGAAAAUGUUCUCAAACAUUGGGUUAAGAAGGCAUUUAAAAAGGAGGUGGAACAAGGGAUAUAUUUUUGUAAAACUAUGAAAUUGUGCAAACUUUUCACUUUAAUUCACAUUCACUGUCAUUCAUUCACAUUCACUGAUUUUGGAAAGCAGAUUAUGAGACUUGAUUAAAUCUUACUUUUGUAUUGCUCAUAGUGAAUGUGCUCACAGCUCACAAUACAGUCCUUGUUCUGGCUCUAUCACCUGCCUAAGGUCCAUAGUUGCUAAGUAUUAAGCAUCACCACCAGCAUCUCUGUCCUUAUUUUUAUGCCUACCCAUGAUAUAAAGACACUUAUAUAGUAGACCGAUAUCUACCACUGUGUGCAAAUGUUUUAUCAAUAAAGAAAACCUCCAAUCCAUAUUGUAGAGAGUAACAGUUUAAUAAGUGUACAAAUAAUCAGUACAUCAGUUGUUUUCUUUGAGUUGGGUUCAAUAAAUCCAUCCUUCAGGGCAACAUUUGCACAUCACAAUUUUGGUUGUUUCUUUUUGUUUUGGGUCAUAGAAAGUAACACAAAAAUAAAUGUUUUUAGUACAAGCCAUGUUCACAUGGGAGAGAAAUUAGGCCCAAAAUACAUUUGUGAUUCCAAAGGCAAUACAUGAUGGAUGACACAUCUAUAUUAUUACAUAUGUAUAAACCUUUUUUUCUACAUAAUAGAUUAUAUAACGCAGUAUAUUGGCACUGUACUGCUUACAUUUGUUCACAUUAAGAUGUAUCUGAUUUGGGAGUUAUGGUAGUUUAAAGUAAUGUAAUGUAAACUGUAGUUGUUACUAGUGUGCGUUUGUGUAGUAAUAGUGUUUUGGCUGUACAUUAGCAUAGUGCAUAGUUUGUACUGAUGUGUGGAGAAAAAUUAUUGUCCCAAACCUGUGUAAAAAGAUAAUUAUUUGACAUAAAAAUACACAGAAUAUUGUUAUACUUUCUCUAUUAUAAA